AAAGCGCGAUUUCAACCUCAAGACUAUGGAAGUUGAAAUUCCUGAAAAUGAAGGUGUUACCAAAAAACGCGGAAGAAAAAAACAAUUGUAUAAAAAUAUUCUCUCGCAAAUGGAAUUUUAUUUUAGCGCCUCGAAUCUGGCGAAAGAUAGAUGGCUAAGUCAAAAGCUAGAAGAAGAAAAUGCUGUUCCUCUCACCGAGUUUUUGAAAUUUAAUAAAAUUCGAGCUUUGACGCUAGAUGUGAAUGAUUUGGCUAAAGCUUUGAAAAAGUCUGAAAUAAUUGCUGUUACGGAUGACAUGAAAGUUACAAGAACCCAACCCGUUAAGUUCAAAGAAAAUGAAGAUGACUACAUAAUCUAUAUUGAACAAGUUCCAUUUGAUGCUGAUCAUGAUUAUCUAAGUAAUAUCUUCUCAAGAUAUGGAAAAAUAGAUUAUAUCUCAAUACCUAAGUACAAAAAUUCUAAUAAAUGCAAAGGUUUUGCUUUCAUUGAAUUCGCUGACGUGGAAUCUGCUGAAAGAGUUACUAAGGAAUUUAAGAAGAAUGGAAAUUAUUUAUCCCCGGACAUUGAACCAGCUGAACUACUAAGUAUCGCCACUUAUGAGGAACCUAAUAAAGCUGGAAAACUCGUUGAGAGUGAAUCUAAUGUGUGUGAACAAUCUGCUGUCAGUGAAUCAGAAUCAACAGACAAAGACAUUAAAUUAUUAAAAAGGAGAAAAGCAUCUAAUUCUCCUGAUGAAAAUCAGAGGCCUGAGAAGAAAACUAAAAUUGAAGAAAGUAUUGAAGAAAAAAACACAGAAAAGGAUGAGACCACAGCUAUUGAAUCAGAAAAGGAUGAUGGUAAUACAAGUACUGUAGAGUGUGAGGAGGGAAAUCCUGAUGAAUUGAAAAAAAAGAAAAACAGGAAAAAGAAAUCUAAGAAAAAGAAGAACGGAGAUGCUAUGGAACACUCUGACCUUCAAGUGAUGUCCAAGAAAGAUUGGAAAAGGUUGCGUAACAAGUAUCUAAAUAUGCAAAAAGAAAAGAUGAAACAGUUAAAGAAACACAUAUAUUUGGCUAGAAAAAAGGCUGAGAAUUCUAAGCAAAAUGGUGCAUUUAAAAAAAAUGAUAAGGCUCCUCAACAAACUGAAAUCAUUAAAGAAAAAGAAAUUACCGAAGAAAAGAAAGGAGGCAGUUCUUUUACUGAGGGAUUAAUUGUAAAAGUUAAAUUCAGUGAACCAGCUGUUGAGGUGAAAGAAUUGAAGAAUGGCUUGCGGAAAAAUCAUGGUGCUGCAUUCAUCGAUGUAAAAGAAGGUGAUAAUUCGAUGCAUGUUAGAUUCACCACUCCGGAGGCAGCUUCAUUGUAUUGUGAAAGUUCAUCUUGGCCAAAAUCAAAAAUUCUUAAAGGAGAAAAAGAAGCUGCCUAUUGGAAUAAAAUUCAAGAAGAUCGACAAGGUAAACUGUCAAAAAAUGUAAAGAAAAAGGAAAGAGGUAAAGAUAAACUGAUGAGGAAAGCAGAAAAUAUAUUGAGAAAACAUAUUACCUUUGACUGAGCUUCAUUUACUUUCAAUUGUUUGUUACCACUCGAUUAUAUGACAUUAGUCUGUGAAAGAAUAAUUUUAUUUCACUUCUUAUUUUACAUACAUCUGUACAGAUAACAAAUUGUGGAAUUUACUAAGAAGAGUUCUGUUAUUAUAAUUUUGAACAAUUGUACAUAUUAUAAAUAUAAAGUGUAAAAUUUUGUUUAUUUUAUUCACUGAAAUUUUAAAACCCUUUCAAACAUUUCUUGCAAUCUGUAGAAUAGAGGAAAUGCUUUGUUAUAAAUAUUACUUUAAAUUCUUUUAAAUUUCUAAUACAAAUAUCUUUCUAUUCACAGACCGUCUUGAAGAGGUGUUGAAUUACACUCACUACAGCAGAUACAUUUAGUUGUUGUUUCUGUAGUUUGUAGUUAACUGUAAAUUUUGAAUUUGAAGAAGUUUGCUUAUAAUUAAGCCAAUUUUUUAUUAUGAAAUAAAUAUUUUAUUUAAAAACAAUAUUUCAUUAUCAUUUUAUUAAACAUCAAUAUAUAUUACAAUUUUCACAACUUAAAAUUAUUGCCAACUAAAUCAAUCAGAUAUAUCUAUCAAAUUGUACUUGAAAAUUCACUCAUCAUCAGGUGGAAUUCCAAGUUCUGCAUCAGUUAACUUUGAAGCAUCUACCCAUGGAAAUUCUCCC